AUGUCGGCGGCAGCGGGAAGCAGCGAGAGGGUCCGAUCGCGAUGCAAGGACUGCAGGGGAGGGAGCAUAUGCGAGCACGGCCGGGUCCGAUCAGCAUGCAAGGACUGCAGGGGAGGGAGCAUAUGCGAGCACGGCCGGGUCCGAUCCGCAUGCAAGGACUGCGGGGGAGGGAGCAUAUGCGAGCACGGCCGGGUCCGAUCGGGAUGCAAGGACUGCAGGGGAGGGAGCAUAUGCGAGCACGGCCGGGUCCGAUCAGCAUGCAAGGUCUGCGGGGGAGGCAGCAUAUGCGAGCACGGGCGGCAACGAUCGCGAUGCAGGGCAUGCAGGGGAGGCAGCAUAUGCGAGCACGGGCGGCAACGAUCGGGAUGCAAGGACUGCGGGGGAGGGAGCAUAUGCGAGCACGGGCGGCGGCGAUCAGCAUGCAAGGACUGCAGGGGAGGGAGCAUAUGCGAGCACGGGCGGCGGCGAUCUACAUGCAAGGACUGCGGGGGAAGCAGCAUAUGCGAGCACGGGCGGGUCCGAUCCGCAUGCAAGGACUGCGGGGGAGGGAGCAUAUGCGAGCACGGCCGGGUCCGAUCGGGAUGCAAGGACUGCGGGGGAGGGAGCAUAUGCGAGCACGGGCGACGGCGAUCGGUAUGCAAGGACUGCGGGGGAGGGAGCAUAUGCGAGCACGGGCGGCGGCGAGCGGAAUGCAGGGCAUGCAGGGGAGGGAGCAUAUGCGAGCACGGGCGGCAACGGUCGGUAUGCAAGGACUUUGGGGGAGGGAGCAUAUGCGAGCACGGGCAGGAGCGAUCGGUAUGCAAGGGAUGCGGGCAAAGCAGCAUAUGCGAGCGCGGGCGACGGCGAUCAGCAUGCAAGGACUGCGGGGGAGGGAGGAGAAGCCCGCAUGGGAAGGUCUGA